CACACUAAUAUACAAUGUUUGCUGCAAUUAUUGCAUUAAUUGUGAUUAGAAUCUUUUUCUCUCUAGACCUUUCCCUGAUAUGUUAAAUGAAAUGAACACGUUGCUUCAGAGAGAGAGAGAGAGAGAGAGAUUAAGAGAUGAAAAGCGCAAAGCUAAUACUCCUCCAUCCCACAAUCCAAAAGCGAUCGUCUUCAAACACCAAUCGCUUGUGGCUCAUCUUCAUCAUCACCUUCUUCACCACCGCCUUCACUCUAACCCUACUCACCACCACCACCACCACCCCCACCGCCACAAGCAGUGCCACGGGCUCCGCCACCUCUUCAGUCCCGCUUCGACUUUCCAUAUCCGACGCCCUCCUCCACUACGCCGCCACUGCCAACUCCACCCACAUGACGUCCACUGAGCUCGCCACCAUAACCUCCACAGUUGCCCACUGUGCCGCUGCUGCCUCCCACUGCAACCUCCUCGUUUUUGGCCUCACCCACGAAGCCCUCUUGUACAAAGCCCUCAACUUCGACGGCCGCACCAUCUUCCUUGAAGAGAAUGAGAACCUUGUCUCGAAGUUUGAGCAGCAACACCCGGGAAUUGAGGCCUAUGAUGUGCGGUACGAGACGAAGGUUGGCGAAAUGAAGAAGCUGCUCGAGUCGGCUAUAGGCGAGUUCCGUGGCGAGUGCCGGCCGGUGCAGAACCUGCUCUUCUCGGAAUGCAAGCUCGCAUUGAACAGUUUGCCCAACCACAUGUAUGAGUUGAGUUGGGACGUGAUACUAGUCGACGGGCCGAGCGGGUACCAUGGGGCAGCGCCAGGGAGGAUGUCGGCGAUAUUCACGGCGGCUGUGCUGGCCAGGAGCAAGAAGGGCGGAGCGGCGGAGACGCACGUAUUCGUGCAGGACUUCGACUGGGAGGUGGAGAAAGUUUAUAGCGACGAGUUCUUGUGCAGGGACAACUUGGUGGAGGUUGUUGGAAAGCUUGGGCAUUUUGUUGUGGCGAGAGUGAGCGAUGAGAGAUUAAUGACUGAGUUUUGCAGCGUUUCCGCUUCUGCCAAUUCAACUUCAUCGUCAACAUCAACGGCGUAAUUGUGGGAUUCACAGGUGGUUGACAACGAAGAUGAUGAUGAUUGAGCUGAAGAUUGUUACUAUCAUUUUUCUCCUAUCUUUUAAAUGCAAGCUGUAAUUACCAUAAGAAAUAAAUAGACAGACAUAACAAUCGCAACAAAGCAUAUAAACUUUACUGAGAAAAAAAAAGCUUU